UUAGCAGGUCUAGCUUUGGUCGGGGCACUAUAAAGGAUAAAGACUCUCUCUUUCUUUCUUUCUCUUUCUUUCUUUUUUUAUUUUAUUUUUAAUUUUAUUUUUACUUUUUCACUCUCCUACAGCAGAACCACAGACUCUUCAUCGAAAGCGACUGGCCACGAAAAGCUCCUUAGUGUCUGUGACACACAAGCUCUUCAUUCAUGGCGGUCUCGAAAAAAGAGCUUCUUCAAUUUGAAUCGCUUCAUUUCUAGUUUACCCACCUGCUGUAGAACAGGAAGAAGAAGAAGAAGAAGAUGAAAUCCGAUGGAACUAGGAGAAGUAUUUGUAUUCAAUUUUGAUUAUUUACUGUAAUCAAUCAAUCAAUCAAUCCUCCAGGUUUUCUCUUUUUUUUCUCCUCCCCCCACACCUAAUUUGUUGUAAAUGCGACAACUUUUUGACCGAGAGUUUGAAAUUCAUCUGGGUUUGAGAAAAGAAGAAGAAGGAAAUGAUGGAGAGUGAAGCUUUCAUCGUCAUGGAAAGGGAGAGAGUUCAGUUUGCACAAGGGGGAAAAGGGUUUCGUUUUAAUUACACAAUUUGGCGGUCAAGAUAAUGACAGCUGCUGAGGGUUUAAGCUAGAUAUUACAAAUCCCUCUUCUAUUAUCAGAAUUUUAUUUCCAUAAAUCGAAUCUUAUCUAAAGAAUGAAACCUUCAUCAUCAGCACCGGGUCAGCAUCCUCAAGAAGGGGAGAAGAAAUGCUUAAAUUCAGAGCUAUGGCAUGCCUGUGCUGGCCCUCUUGUAUCUUUACCAACCGUUGGUACCAGAGUGGUCUACUUUCCUCAAGGCCAUAGUGAACAGGUAGCAGCCACGACUAACAAGGAAGUUGAUGCCCAUAUACCCAAUUAUCCAAAUUUGCCUCCACAACUAAUCUGCCAACUCCACAAUGUUACAAUGCAUGCCGAUAUUGAGACCGAUGAAGUGUAUUCACAGAUGACAUUGCAGCCAUUAACAGCUGAAGAGCAAAAGGAUACAUAUAUCCCAGUUGAGCUUGGAAUACCGGGCAAGCAGCCGACUAAUUACUUUUGCAAGACAUUAACUGCUAGCGAUACAAGUACUCAUGGUGGAUUCUCGGUUCCUCGUCGUGCAGCUGAGAAGGUUUUUCCUCCGCUGGAUUUCUCUCAGCAACCACCUGCUCAAGAGUUAGUAGCAAGGGAUUUGCAUGAUGUUGAGUGGAAAUUUAAGCAUAUUUUCAGAGGACAGCCAAAGCGGCACCUUCUCACUACAGGAUGGAGUGUAUUUGUCAGUGCAAAGAAACUAGUUGCUGGUGAUUCUGUUCUUUUUAUCUGGAAUGAAAAAAACCAGCUUCUAUUGGGGAUUCGUCGUUCCAACCGACCUCAAACUGUAUUGCCGUCUUCCGUUCUGUCUAGUGAUAGCAUGCACAUUGGGUUACUUGCUGCAGCUGCUCAUGCUGCAGCUACGAAUAGUUGUUUUACGGUUUUUUACAAUCCAAGAGCCAGUCCAUCCGAAUUUGUUAUUGCCCUUUCGAAAUAUGUCAAGGCAGUGUAUCAUACCCGUGUUUCUGUGGGAAUGCGAUUCAGGAUGCUUUUCGAAACUGAGGAAUCAAGUGUACGAAGAUACAUGGGCACAAUAACUGGCAUUGGCGAUCUAGACGCAGUUCGUUGGGCAAAUUCUCAUUGGAGAUCUGUUAAGGUUGGUUGGGAUGAGUCUACUGCUGGUGAGAGACAGCCAAGGGUAUCAUUAUGGGAAAUUGAGCCUCUAACUACAUUUCCCAUGUAUCCAUCAUUAUUCCCACUCAGAAUGAAGCGCCCAUGGUAUCCUGGAGCCUCAUCAUUUCAAGAUGGAAGAGAUGGUUCAAUUAAUAGCAACAUGGCGUGGUUAAGAGGAGAAACUGGAGAACAAGGACUGAACUCUAUGAAUUUUCAGUCAGUUGGAAUGAUUCCAUGGAUGCAGCAGAGAAUGGAUCAAAAUUUUAUGAGAAAUGAUAUUAAUCAACAGUACCAAGCAAUGGUAGCAGCUGGCAUGCAGAAUAUGGCUGGUGGGGAUUCAAUUAAACAGCAAUUUUUACAAUUGCAGCAGCCAUUUCAAUAUCUUCAACAUCCAGGCAGCCCAAAUGCUUUGUUGCAUCAGCAGCAGCAGCAGCAGCAGGCAAUCCAGCCUUCGAUCAAUCAGCUGCUGCAAGCACAAACUCAAAUGUUGCCUGAAAAUCUGUCUAGGAAUCAUCUUCCACAGCAAGUUAGUAAUCACUCUGAAGAACAGCCACAACCACAUCAACAUCAACAUCCUUAUCAAGAUCUACAGCCCCAUCUUCAUCAGAGGCAGCAAUCUACAGUCUCGUCUUCAUUUCCUAAAGUGGGUUUCACAGAUUUGACAAGCAAAGUCCCAACUGGAAUCAAUUCAAGCAUGCAAAAUCUGCUCGGUCCAAAUUGUAAUGAAGGCGGUGGGAAUGUUCUAAGUUUUUCACGAACUGGUCAGCCAGGAGGAAACAGUGAGCCGUCUGACCAGCAACAAUGGGCAGCCAAAUUUGCUGAAUCUCAAGGCCAUAAUGCAGUAACUAACUCCAUAUCAUUACCACCCUAUCCUUCAAAGGACCCUCCUCCUCCACCUUUGAGACCCGAAAAUAAUGGCCUUGAUUCCCAUAAUCAUGCGCUUUUCGGUUCUAAUGUUGAUUCCUCAGGCCUCCUCCUCCCUACAACACUACCGGGUAUUGGCACCUCCUCUUUUAAUGCUGAUCUUUCAUCAGUGCCAUUAGGGGCUACGGGAUUUCAGGGUUCUUUGUAUGGUUGCAUGCAAGAAUCUUCCGAGUUGUUCCACAGUCCAGUGCAAGUUGACUCACCUAUCCCAACCCGUACAUUUGUAAAGGUUUACAAAUCAGGUUGUGUGGGGAGGUCACUGGACAUCACCCGGUUUACCAGCUAUAACGAGCUGCGUGAGAAGCUGGGUCAGAUGUUUGGAAUUGAGGGGUUAUUGGAAGACCCUCAGAGAUCAGGCUGGCAGCUUGUAUUCGUUGACAGGGAGAAUGAUUUUCUUCUCCUUGGAGACGACCCAUGGGAAGCAUUUGUGAAUAAUGUUUCGUACAUCAAUAUACUCUCUCCAGAGGAUGUGCAGAAACUUGGUAAGCAUGAAGGUAAUUCCUUUGGACACAACGAUGGGGAAAGAUUGAACACCGGUAAUAGCGAUGCUCGUGACCUUGUGUCUGGUCUCCCAUCGGGAGGAUCCCUUGGAUAUUGGGAUCACAAUUAGGUAAGAUUCUAUUCCUGUUAAGAAAAAAACAUUAAAACAUAUAUAGAUAUAUAUAGCUCUCUUAAUGUGUGCAACCUUUUACCUACUAUUUAUUGAGCUUUUAAGCUCACAUGCUGCUGUGAUGCAACCAACUUCCAUGGUUUAUGAUGGUUAUUCUAUCAGGACAAUGAAUUUCAUGGUAUGGUUAAUAUGUAAGACCUAAAUCUGGACUUUAUGAGUAGACUUUGAGCCUCAAGAUUUGAUAAGAUUGUUCCUAGUUGCAUGUUUCAUGUUUGUUUAUAUA